AUGGGCAGCGGCAAAGGCGGGAGCUCUUGGAUCAGUAGGAGCAGUAGCAGCAAAUCUCUACGAGAAUGCCUUGAGCACAAGUGUCAUAAGCCGGUAGGGAAGUUUGGUAGAAAUAAGGAGUAUUCGGUCCACUGCGAGAAGCAUGCUUGUAAUUUCGGAGCUAGGUGCAAGUUGAGCAAACAUUCAAGAGAUAAGUUCUGCGCCUACCACUCUGUGUGUGCUUGGCCUACAUGCGAUACAAAGGUCUUAGAUGUCGAAGGAGGCAAUUUUCUUUACUCUAAUAUUGGUCACCAGAAAUGGUAUUGCCGCGAUCACUCCUGCAAGGCAAAGGUCAAAGACAAGCAGUGCUACGAGCUACCCCAUAAGAACUCCCAAUACUGUGAAGAGCACUCCAAAGAGUUCAAGUGCAAGAACCCGAAAUGCGAUUCGGACCGAGAUGGUUCCGAACGGUACUGCAAGAAACACCACUGUGAAGUGGACGACUGCCACCGUAAAACACUCAGAUUAGAGGAUCAUGAAAUGGCGGGUCGAGAUAAGAAAAAGUGCUAUCGGCAUCAACACUGUGAAGCCUCGAGAGACUGCAAGAACUACUCUCUUUGGGAUCCUGACAAAACUCCAACGAGGCUCUGUGCGAACCACUACAAAUGCCAGUUCUUACACGACUGCAACGGCUUUGCCCAAGGGGAUUCAAGAUUCUAUGGUGCCAUAUGCACUUAUGCUCCGCGCCUGGAUGCCCCGACUUUGCGAACGGACAUGGUCACGCCCACCCCCAGAAAUGCUUCCGACAUACUUGUCAAAGAGCAGACUGUUCAGAAAUCGUCCAGGACAGCAAUCCCAACUCUCAUUUUUGCCAAACUCAUGCCUGCGCGGACCCUUCAUGCUCUUAUGAGUCAACAAUCCCUAGUGGCUAUUGCUACGGCCAUGGAUGCAACACACCUGGCUGCCGUGCGCCCCGAGACCGCGGCUCUCCAUUCUUCCCCUCUCUUUGCAGACUCCAUGGGGAAGAGAGACAGGAAGAUGAGUACUACUAUCAUACCGCUGCUCCUUCUCGAGCAACAUCUCGCUCGGGUAGCAGGACUAGUAGCCAUGACUCCCGACGCAUUCCGAGGACAUUUCGCCACCAGCAAUACCAUUGCCCAGCAUAUCAGGAUCCGUUUCAGGCCUCAGAAGCUGAUCGUCGAUAUGAAGCGUAUGAUAACGCAGAUGAUUAUUACCGGAGGAUCCCGAGAUCACGGUAUUACGAUUGAUCGAUUUAGAGUCUUAGACACGAUGUAA